UGCUUGAGUCGAUCGAUUUCGAUACUUUCCGAGUUACUGCGCUGGACGUUACAAUUGCCGCUGUGGAAGCGCAGUGCGCUCGCUCCACCACAUUUCCCCCUCCUUGAAAGACAGAGAGAGAGGGAAGGAAAUGGAGAUCAGGAUAUCAAGACUAGGUGCGCUUCUGGCGCUACUAAGUGCAUCCCUCACACACGCCCAAUCCAUAGCCUCGCCAUCACCGUCAUCAUCAUCCCAACCAGCGCCAACCUCACCCCCAUCAUCCACCUUCUACGUCCCCGAAACCGAAACCCAGUUCUCCCUCAACAUCGCCAAUGACACCACUUCCGACUCGGGCGAUGUGUACAUGUACAUGACGAGUCCGGCGUACUCCUGGGUGGGGUUUGGGUUUGGGAGCCGGAUGGAGGGCGCGCUGAUGUUUGUCGUGUAUGCCGAUGGGAGCGGGAAGAGUACGUCUAUGUUCCAAGUAUCUUCUCUCCAUGUUGCGCUACUCUCCUCGCGAAAACAGCAUCCGCGAAGAUCAGUCCUAACACCAAAUACUAACCUCCCCCUCACAGACCUCACACUCUCCCCCCGCCUCUCCCUCCACGGCCCCCACACCGAACCCUCCUUCGCCCCGGCCACGCAAAUCUCCCUCCUCCCAGGUACCCGCAUCGACCCGGACUCGGGCAUGUUCGUCCUCCACGCCGUCUGCCGCUACUGCCGCGCCUGGCCCGGCGGAUCCCUGGACGUCACGUCCCGCACCGCGCCCAUGAUCUUCGCCUUCGGCCCGGGCCACGCGAUGAUGAGCGACGACAAGAACGCGGGACUGAAGCGGCAUGGCCGAUUCGGCCGGUUCGAGAUGGACCUCGUUGCGGCCACGGGUGUUGGAGGUGUACCUGAGGGGAAUCAGAAGGAGAUGAGGGGGGUCAGGAUGCUGGAUGGGGAUUUUGGGAGGAAGGAUCACGAUGGGAAGAAAGUUGCGCAUGCGGUUCUGGGGUGUUUGGCGAUUUUCGUCGUGUGGCCGGUGAAUGUUGCCGUGGGGGCUUGGGUGAGGAGGAGGAGGGGGUGGGUGCAUGGGGUCGUGAGUGCCGUGUUGGUGGGUAUGUUGGCGGCGAGUUAUGGGGUGGGUGGUGUGGUUGGGGGGCAGUUUAAUCGGUCCCGAACGCUCCAAACCCCCCACCAGAUCCUCGCCCUCAUCUCCCUCUUCCCCCUCCUCCUCACCGUCCUCCUGCCCCUCUGGCCUCUAACCCGCCUCGCGCCGACCGUCCUCCCAGAACUCCACGUCCCCUUCGCCUCCCUCACCCUCGUCUGCCUCAUCCUAACGGGGGGCCUGGGUCUGCAUCUCGGCGGCCAGAGUCGCCCCAUCAUCCUCGUCUACAGCGCUGUAGCGCUCGGAAUCUUCCUCUUGUGUUUGAUUGUGCAGCGGUGUGCGAGGAGGAGGAGGGGGAGAGGAGGUCAGCGGGAGGAGGAGGAGGAGGAUGAGCAGAGAUUAAUGAGUUCUUCGGGAGGCAGGGGGAUGGGGAUGGGGAUGAAGAUGACUCUGAAGGGAUGGAAAGAUGUGGGGAGUGCGAGUGCGAGUGCGAGUUUGAGGAGCGAGAGCGCGGCUAGUGUCGACAGGCCGGGGUAUUACGCAGGUGGACGGGCGGGGAGUCCGACGAACGGGGACGCAAAUGGGAGUGGGAAUGCGAAUGGAGGCAAGGUGUUUGGAGGCGGGACCAUGCCCGGUCCGCAGUAUUUGCUGAAUAUGCAUCCUGGGGUGCCGGUGCAGCCGGGUCGGUGGUAAACGUAUAAGAAUGGGGGGUUUUCCGAGGGCGAGUGAGGUCGCAUGUG